GCGGGGAGGUGGCGGUAGGAAGAUGGCAGCGGUUGGAGGCACUGCGGGGCGUUUGGUGGCUGCCGCUCCCGCGCGGCUUCCCUGCUCGGCGUGGCUGCUGGCCGCCGCCGCCGUGCUGGCCGCCGGCAAUGUGAUAUGAACAGUUACCACUUCAACUUCCUGAUUCUUGAAACAGCACUGAUGCCGCUUGUUCUCCUUCUUUCUUCUCUUUACCUUUCCCAUACAGUCAAAGUAUCAGCAGUAGAGGUCAACACACCAGAGGAGAUAUUUGUGGAGAACGGGACAGACGCAAAGCUUCCAUGCACAUUUACAUCUGUGGAAGUGAUCAGCAGCGCAGCAUCUGUUUCUUGGAGUUUUCAACCAGAGGGAGCCGCAACUCGGAUCUCAUUUUUCUAUUACUUUAAUGGAAAGCCAUACCCUGGAAAGGACAUACCAUUUAAAGACAGGAUCACUUGGGCUGGAGAUCUUAACAAGAAAGAUGCUUCUAUCAGUAUAUCGAACAUGCAGUUCCGGGACAACGGCACUUAUAUUUGCGAUGUCAAGAACCCACCUGAUAUCGUUGUCAAACCAGGAGAAAUCAGAGUUAGAGUUGUGGAGAAAGACAGCCUGCCUGCGUUCCCCAUUGCCAUGGUGGCAGGGAUAGUCAUCGGUACGGUUACAGGUCUCUCACCGCUCAUCUCUAUUGUCGUGUGUCUUGUCAUCAGAAAGAACAACUCUAAAAAACGAUACUCUGGCUGCAGUACAUCUGAGAGCUUGAUGUCACCGGUUAAGCAGGCUCCGCAGAAGUCGCCCUCCGACACAGAGGGUCUGGUAAACAGCGUGCCCGCCAGAUCGCACCAGGGCCCAGUCAUUUACGCGCAGUUAGAUCACUCUGGAGGACAGCACAGCGACAAGAUUAACAAGUCAGAGUCUGUGGUCUAUGCUGAUAUUCGGAAGAACUGAAAUGAGAUCCUAAGCUAUCCAAAGGAAAACACGCAUUCAGACUGGAAUUGCUUGAACAAGAUUUGUCCCAGAGAACUCACAUGUGGCCUUUGAUGCCUAGGCUAGGACCAAUGCAUGUGCAUACAGAGGGAAAGAUAUAUAUGUAUUGUGUGUAAAUAGUCUAUUUAAUCGUACAGAAGUGAGACCAAUGUUGCAUGUUGAAAUGCGGUAAGAACUUUGCUUAUAAAUUGCCAAUAUUCUUUUUUGUAUCUUGUGUGACGAGAGAGAAAGUGAAAACUCGCAUCACAAUUUUAAAAUAUUUUUAUCUUAAUGAUUAAUGGAGAAACUGGAAGAUGCCUCAAAAUUCUAGAUUGACCUGGAAAUUCUUUUUUUUCUUAUAGGGCCUAACUUCUUUUGUUGUUCUUUAUGUAUACAGGGUAUUCAUCUUUCCUUGGUCAGAUUCUCAGUACAAGCUGCCUUCUCAUAUAAACUAGACACUCUCACUUGGUCUUGUUAGCCAAAUUGUGACUCCUAGCUAUCAGAAACGUAUGUCUUAGCAGUGUAAGUGAAGGAAAUGUUUAGGCCUACCUGACCUGUGUAACACAGGUCACAGAACUGUUUACUUCUGUAUUGAGCCUAUCUAUUCAAGCUUAGUCCUUUAAGGUACAGGGAUAGUGUUGAUCUAAUCUAAUGAAUUUUGUGAAAUGGUAGUUUACCUGUGAAAACUUAGGAGCUAGUGAGCUAAAGGGAUAGGAAGCUAUAGCUGUGGGUGGUUGCCUCAGACUCUGUUGAACCUUUCAAUGAAAUGUUUCUUCCUCGAAGCUCUGUCACUUCAUAUAAGCAUGAAAAAGGGCUCCAAGGGACCUGGAAGCUGUAGUAUUCCCUCGCGUCUCUCCCAUGGCUCCACUAUGCCACUGUCACUUCCUUAGAGACGCUUUAUCUGUUCUUACAAGCCUGUAGUGGAGACUGAACGACCUCUGGAGGAAAUCUAGGGCUUCACUCUUUGGGUUUUUUUGAUGUGUGUUUUUUUCAUGUAACCUAUAUUUGCACAGAGGAUGUGGAGGGCAGUUUAUUUCCUUCCUCUCUGCAAGUGUACUACUUGAAAAUGAUUUCCUAGGUUCUUGUUUCUAGAUUAAACUCCUCAUAGAUUGUUAACGAUCUCUGAUCAUCCUCUUCAGUCAAAGAGGAUCUUUCUUUAGCUGACCCAUUUGUAUCCUGAAAUCUGGUGCUCAAAACUAGAAGUGGCAUUCCAGCUGAGGUCUUCUCAGAGUAGCAUACAGUAGAAGGAUUUCUGUUUUGUACAUCCUAAUGUGGCGUUGGCUUUUUUGUAGCAGCAAAUAAUUUUCAGUUUGGUCUGCUAGAACCCCUUCUCUCUGAUUCUUACCCAUUUUCUAGUUCUGUCACAGAAUCAGUCACAGAAUGGUUGAGGUUGGAACGGACCUCUGGAGAUCAUCUAGUCCAAACUCUCCAUCCUCAAACAGGGUCAGCUGGAGCAGGUUGCCCAGCACUGUGCCCAGUUGGGUUUUGAGUAUCUCCACAGAUGGAAACUCUAACAUCAUCUCUGGGCAACCUGUUCCACUGUUUGAUCACUCUGAAGUGCUUCCUUAUAUUCAGGUGGAAUUUCCUUUUUUCAAACUUCUGUCUGUUGCCUCUUGUCCUGCCAGUGAGCACUACUGAGAAGAGUUGUGCUCUUCAUUCCGUCCCAUCGAGUACACACAUUGGUGAGAUCCCCACCCCCCAAGCCUUCUCUUCAUCAGGCUGAACAGUCCCAGCUCUCUCAGCUUUACAGACUCACAGACUGGUAGGGGUUGGAAGGGACCUCUGGAGAUCAUCCAGUCCAACCCCCCUGCUAGAGCAGGAUCACCUAGAGCAGGUUGCACAGGAUGGCGUCCAGGCGGGUUUUGAAUAUCUCCAGAGAAGGAGACUCCACAACCUCUCUGGGCAGCCUGUCCCAGUGCUCGGUCACCCUCAGAGGGAAGAAGUUUUUCCUCAUAAUCAGGUGGAACUUCCUGUGUUCCAGUUUGUGCCCAGUGCCCCUUGUCCUCACUGGGCACCACUGAAGAGUCUGGCCCUAUCCUCUAGAUAUCCGCCCUUUAGAUAUUUAUAAGCAUCGAUAAGAUCCCCUCUCAGUCUUCUCCAGGCUGAACAGACCCAGCUCUCUCAGCCUUUCCUCAUAAGAGAGAUGCUCAAGUCCCUUAAUCAUUUUUGUAGCCCUCCGCUGGACACUCUCCAGUAGCUGCCUGUCUUUCUUAUAUGAAAGAUGCCCCGGUUCCUUUAUCAUCUUUGCAGCCCUGCUCUGGACUUAUUCCAGUAAGUCCAUAUCUCUCUCGUACUGGAGAGGCCAGAACUGGACACACCACUCCAGGUGUGGCCUCACCAGUGCCGAGUAGAGGGGAAGGAUCAACUCCCUCGACCUACUGGCAAUGCUUUGCAGCCCAGUAUAUCAUUUGCCCCCUUUACAGCAGGGGCAUGUUGCUGGCUCAUGUUCAACGUGGUGUCCACCAGGACCCCCCCCAGGGCCUUUUCUGCCAAGCUGCUUUCCAGCCAGGCAGCCCCCAGCAUGUGCUGGUGCAUGGGCUUGUUCCUCCCCAGGUGCAGGACUUGCACUUCUCCUUCUUGAACUCCAUGAAAUUCAUCUUAGCCCAAUUCUCCAGCCUGUCCAGGUCCCUCUGAAUGGCAGCACAACCAUCUGGUGUGCCAGGAACUCCUCCUGGCUUUGUAUUGUCUGCAAAUUUCUCUCUACUGAAAUUAUGUUAUGGCUUUUUCAGACUUCAGUUUGUCAGUUGAAAACUUGGUUUGAAUUCUCAUCCUGUCCUCCAGUGAGCUUGCAACACUCUCAGCUUGAUAUUUGCAAAGCUUACAUUCCACUGUAGUAUCAAGUAAAUGAAAAAUAGUUUUAGGCCCAUGGCAGACCCUUUCAGAACCACAUUAGGUAAUCCUUUAAUCAUAACAGUGCAGCUUUAAUAACUAUUUUGUGUACAGGGGUUUUUCCUCCAACAAAGCUGGGUAUGCCAACACUAUCUUCUUUCAUCAGGAUCGGACUUCACUGGUUUCCUGACAACACCUGCCUUUGUUAGAAGCCUCCUUAAGAUCAGGAUUGAAUCCUCCUGCUGCUGCUUUCCUUAUCUACCAGGCUGUUACUUCCCAACACUUGUUUUCCACUUAGUAAGAAGUGAAUGCUUUUGACAUGUUUGAUGGAGAAACGUGAUUUUGAUCUGCUUGUGUUCAUCCCUGUGUGUCACCAUCUUUCUCCCCAGACAUUUUAGAGUAAGAGGGAGAUCUCUGAUGAAUGUAGCGAUCAAAAACUUGCUGCUAUGAGAAGAUAGGGCUGUCCUUGGCUCUGAAGUCUGCUACUAAUGUUUGUUUCUUUUCCUGCUGGAAUAUACUGGAGAAUCUGAGCACAAUCCUGAUCUGGUGCUGACUUUAAAAAACAUGCUGAUCUGGUUAGUGCUGACUUUAGGAAACAGGCUAAUCUGGUGCUAACUUUAGGAGACGUGCUGAUCUGGUUGGUGCUAACUAACUUUAGGAAACAUCUCCUUCCAUUGCUUUUGUUUAGCUACAGGUAUGUUCAUGUUGCCUAUACUGAGGAGGCUCGUGGCAAGGCUGCUUGGAUCCUCUUUGUGAAGGCAGAAUGUACUUGGAAGUAUUUUUAAAAAAUGCUGAUCCUUUUAGAAAGAAAUGAAAGUCCCUUCCCCCAGGAAGAGCAGAAAUCAGUCUGAAUCCCCCUCUACAGUGUGGAUGCUGUUGAAUUUGUAAUUGUCUUUUUUUUUUUGUUAUUUGUUUUUUGGGUCAUGAAAACAAUGUGGUUGUUAAAUAACUUAUUCAGGCUGAAGUCAAAAGAACUUGAGGCAAUGCGAGCCAACACUUGGGAACUCAGGUUAUCUUAGCUUGUUUAAUCAGAUAGGGUAACCAAGAGACUGAUGCUAAGUUGGCUUAUUUAGUAACGUCUCAGGAGACAGGGGACUUCUGCUCCUUUGAUGGGUAGCAAGCAGAGAUUAAAGUCAGACAAGGCCAUCGUAUCCUCAUGUUAUGGUGACGAGAAGUUGAACUCUGCUUUACUGCUAUUCUCUUAAUUCUCUGAUGCUGUUCUUUGAAUGAUGUGUCAUUUUAUAACCAGAGACCCGUAGGGUUUUGUUUUCUCUCAAAGCUUUAGUGAUAUUUCAAUUCGUGACUAGAAGAGCUGGAAUUAGGUUUUUAACAUUUUUUUUUAAACCUGUGAGAGCUGUUUAGAUAACCAUCUGUUUUGUAACUGCAGUAAAUGUGCAUAUGCAGCUUCGAAGCUGCAUUGCCUUAGAGUGGAUUCAUUGAGGUCAAGCGUGGGCUGUUUGAUUUAUAACCAAAACACCUUCACUCCGUAUUGCAAUCUUGUCUUGGAAUUUUACAUUAUUAAUGUAUCUACCUAGGACCUCAAAUACAUACAUACAAAUACAAAAUGUUCUUACUGUAUAAUUAGUGAUGGAAUUGCUCUCUCUUUAAAACCAUCAAAGUUGAGAAGGUGGGUAAGACUUCUUAGGCUGUGGCCACACCCCUGUGGUGCUAGUCUUUAUGUAACAUUUUUAUAUGGGAGACUACAAAAUCAUAUUAACUAUACUCAGCAAUUAUACUCUUCUGGAGGCUUCUCUUUCCCUUCUCUUCACUGCCCUAAAACUAAUAAGCCCUUUCAUUUAAAGGUAUUUUUGCACUCUAAAAUGUAAGUCCGAUGCCUUUGGAGAUCAGCGUGCUGUGCAAUCUUUUCUGUCUCCCUGCAACGCCAGCUGGUUCUAUGCUGUAAAUGUAAUUGGAAACAUAGACCUGGGUACUUUUCUUUUCUAAACCUCUGUCUUGGAGGUAUGCAAGAGAACACACACCUGUAAGACAGGUGUAUAAUCUGUGUGAGGGAGCUAGAUAUGCAUUGCACGGCCUGAUUACAUGAAGAGCCAGUGUACCAACUGCUAGUGCUUUUGCUUUUACAGACUCAUCUGGAAACAGUUAUCUUGGAUAUUUUUUCUUGAAUGGACUUUCAUGUUUUCUAUUGUAAUCUUGUGAAUAUUUUAAUACACUUUUUUUUUUCCCCA